CCAUCAUUGGGUGGGACAUGACCCGUUGAAAGCUGCCACUCUCCAUCAAAUCUUCAUCUGUCGCCACCCGAACCACCUCCGAGCUCAGGAACCAUCCGAACCACCAUCAAAUUCCAUCCCUUCGAUCGCUUUCUCUUCGCUUACAAUAACCUGCUUUUUCAGCCUGAAAGGCAUUUCUUCUUUUUACUUUCAUUUCCUUUGUUUGCCUGGGUGGUCUGUUUACCGUCGAAGAAAAGUUGUUGUAUUCCCUCGUUAUUCUAUUUAUCUUUUUUUCUCCACUAUUCACUUAAUAUCUGGAUCGGCGGUUAUCGCCCAUUAGCGUUGGUGCAUGAUUGUCCUCCCACCACCGCCACCGCAAACCUCCCACCCACUCUCAAGGACCCUGGAGACGCAGACCAUGUCCGCUACUUCUGCAGCUCCAGCUCCAGCUCCCGCGGCUGUUGGAGCCUCCAAUCCUAAUUCCAGUACCCCGCGCCCGAGACGCGGUCGAGGCCGUGGUGGCCGCGGUCGACAGACAGCGAACCCAGCUCAGGCUCAGACGCAAACGCAGACUCAGGCAGCACCAGACGCACAGCCUCACACUCAACGCCAGCCGCCUACGGAGACUACACCGAACGGAGAUGCACCUCGUCCGCCGCGAGGACCGAGGGGAGGCAACAAGAGGGGAGGAAGAGGGGCAGGCGCGAGUCGUCGGCCACGCGGUGGCGAUCAGGCUACACUUCCCGCUGGACGGACCUUUGGAGGAAGAUUGACGAGGCCGGAGCAGGAGCAGGAUGGUCAAGCCAUACCGGGCGGUGAUGGAGUGGAUGAGGCUGGGUUGAGGGCCGAUGCGCCUGUGUUUGUGCCUGGAGCUGGACCGCAGCAGCCAAGGGAAGAAGUUCCCAAUGGUGCAGCGUCUGCAUCUGGUUCUGGGAGAGGAAAGGGGAAGUCGAAGGCGAAAAACAACGGCAGCAAUAGCGGUGGUAAUGUUCAGAAACAGCCUCGGUCUCAGCCACCGCCGCCUCCGGCGAAAGUUACGACAAAAUCAACGGCCUCCGAUAUCGCCACUCGUAUCCACGAGGAUAUUGCGCACAAUCUGUACGAAUGUCCGAUUUGUACCAGCGAGCUGGGAAAGAGAUCGCGUGUUUGGUCUUGCGGGCUCUGCUGGACGGUCUUCCAUUUGAGCUGCGUGAAGAAGUGGUCGAGGAAUGAGGGGGCGGCGGCUGCUCAGCGACAGGACGGGGAGAAUGGGGAGAGUAGUGCGCCUCGCGCGUGGCGCUGUCCUGGUUGCAACCUGCCUCAGGAAGUGUUUCCGUCGACUUAUACUUGCUGGUGUGAGAAGGAGGUAGACCCGCGCUCGUUUCCUGGCCUGCCGCCGCAUUCGUGUGGACAGACUUGCGCGAGGACGCGCAAGGGCUGUCCCCAUCCGUGUGAUGCGACUUGUCAUGCUGGGCCUUGUGCGCCUUGUACGGCUAUGGGGCCGACGCAGGAUUGCUUUUGUGGAAGGAAUUCGUCAACGAAGCGUUGCCAGGAUACGGAUUAUGAGAAUGGUUGGAGCUGUGGCGAGAUCUGUGGUGAUUUGCUACCAUGUGGUGAGCAUACGUGUCCCCGGCCGUGUCAUGAAGGCUUGUGUGGCUCUUGUGAAGAGAGGAUCGAAGCACGGUGUUACUGUGGAAAGGUGCAGACCGAGAUGCUGUGCAGCUCGAAGGAUGAAGAGUUGGAUAGUGAAUUGAUGCGGGAGGACGACAUCGAGGAGUGGACUGGCUGCUUUAGUUGUGGAGAUGAGUGCAGUCGCCCCUUUGACUGUGGCGUCCAUUUCUGUCAGAAGAGCUGCCAUGCGCAGGAUGCACAUCCGGCUCACUGUCCGCGGUCUCCGGAUGUGGUCUUUGACUGUCCUUGCGGAAAGACACCUCUGGACCAGAUUGCUGGCUAUUCGCCUCGGACGUCUUGCGAGGAUCCGAUCCCGAAUUGCACCAAGCCUUGUGGAAAGCCGCUGGCCUGUGGACAUCCAUGCACCAAGGUCUGCCAUACCGGGUCUUGUGGGCCCUGCUUCCAGAACGUGCCCAUCGAGUGCCGUUGUGGACGCAACACAUUCACAACAAUGUGUCCUCAGGGCAAGAUGGAACCGCCGCAGUGUUUCCGCAUCUGCAAAGCUGGCUUGCACUGUGGCCGUCAUGCCUGCACUGAGCGAUGCUGUCCCGGCGAGCAAAAGGCCAUCGAGCGUCAGGCUAUCCGCCGGAAGCUCAAAUCUCAUCUGCGGCCUAGUGACGAGGACUUUGAGGCUGAGCAUAUCUGUACCCGGGUCUGUGGCCGUAUGCUGAAAUGCGGACGGCACACAUGCCCGGAGAUCUGUCACAAGGGGCCCUGCAACACCUGCAGAGAGGCUAUCUUCGAGGAGAUUCCGUGUAACUGCGGUCGAUCUAUCUUGCAUCCGCCUCUGCCCUGCGGGACACAGCCCCCGGCAUGCUCGUUUCCUUGCGAGCGUCCCAAGCCGUGUGGCCAUCCUCAGACGUCCCAUAACUGCCAUACCGACGACGAAAGUUGCCCCAAGUGUCCAUACCUGACAGAGAAGACCUGCCUCUGCGGCAAGAAAGUUCUGAAGAAUCAGCCCUGCUGGCUUACAGACGCCCGCUGUGGCCAGGUCUGCGGCCAGCUGCUCAAAUGCGGCUCCCAUACCUGCCAGAAACACUGUCACCGGCCUGGCGAGUGCGAGGAUGCUACGAAGCCCUGCCAGCAGGCAUGCGGCAAGACAAAGACAAUGUGUGGCCACCCCUGCACCGACCCAUGCCAUGCACCCUAUCCAUGCCCGGAGAAGACGCCCUGCAAGUCCAUGAUCACGGUAACAUGUGACUGUGGACGACUCCGCCAGGAGCGUCGCUGCAACGCAGCCAAGGCUGUGGUUUCCAAGGGCCAGCUCCAGCAAGCGCAGCGCGGGCCAGCCGUGACACCGCUAUCAUGCGACGAUGAAUGCGCUCGCCUCGAACGAAACCGGUCUCUCGCCUCCGCGUUAGGAGUAGACAUCAAUCCGACAACCACCGUCUCGCAAUCCCUCACCUCCACCAACCUCCCCUACUCCGCUGAAACCCUCGACAUCUACAUCCAACUUUCCUCCUCCCAUCCCCUCUCCACCCUACAGACCAUUGAAUCCACCCUCCACACCCUAGCUACCACACCAACCGAGCGAUCCACGCGGUUUCAACCCGCCAAAUCCUCCCUCCGCGCCUUCACCCACUCCCUCGCAGCAGACUGGGGCUUCGCUAGCGAAAGCUUCGACCCGGAACCCCACCGCCACGUCUUCGUAUUGAAAUCCACUCUCUGGACCCCGCCCGUGUUCGGCACCGGCAACGGCACGGCCAUUGGUAUCGGCGGCAUGAGCGUGGGCGACUGCGUCAGGCUGCGUGAUCGCCAGCGCCUGAAGGAACAAGAAGCGCAGCGUCUCGCCGCGGCGGAGGCCAAAGCCCAACGUGAAGCGGCACGCGCACAUACCAAUGGAUCCGGUGAGGGCGGCUGGGCACAGGUGGCUGCUUCGAAGAGAAGCAAUCUGGCUCUUGGUGCAGGACGGACUUCUGCACCUUCUUCUGUGUCUACGUCGGGAACGGCUACUCCGGCUGCUGUGGCGCCGUGGUCUAGUUCUACUAUGUAUGCUGCGCUGGAUCGGGAUGUUGGCGAUGCGGCACAGCCUAAGAAGGAGAAGUUGGUGCUUCGGUCGGGAGUGAAGGGGUCGAGAAGUCAGGGGUCGUCGGUAGAGAGAGAGAAGGAGGGCUCGACUGCUGGUGGGGGUGAUGCUUAGGUCUGUAUGAGAUGAGCGCUCAGGCUAAACCAGGUUAUGAGUUUAGUGUGGGAAUGUUAAUGUUGUGCUUUCAUUUUCAUGAUGAAUGCCAUUGUUGCAAAGUUUAGCGUGCAUAUAUGGCGGCUGGGUAGUUUCAAGCUACGCAAAAAUCAAAAAGGAUGUUGUAAUUGAUAAAAGCAAUAGCAAAUAGAAAAGAUGCAGAAAAAUCUUAUACCCUUUUAG